UCAAUUUGUAUAUGAAUAAAAAUUCAAUUUUUAUAUAAAAAAAAUCGACGUCGUCACAUCGGAGCCACCGCUUAAUUGACCGACCCGCCCACCUGAAUUCUUAUUAUUCCGAUCAAUAUUUUUCAGUGAUUGUUGAUUAAACAUGAGUGAAACAUUUGAAGGAUACGAACGACAAUACUGCGAAAUUUCCGCAACUCUGUCCAAGAAAUGCACUUCUGCUUCUUUACUUGAUGGAGAGCAAAAGAAGCAGAAAAUAUCUGAAGUAAAAGCUGGAAUCGAUGAAGCAGAAGCUCUGAUUCGAAAAAUGGACAUGGAAGCAAGAAGCUUGCCACCUAAUGUAAAGGCUGUGCUCCUUGCCAAAUUAAGAGAAUACAAAUCAGAUCUUAAUAAUUUGAAGAGUGAAGUUAAACGAAUUGCAUCAACAAACUUAAACCAGGCUGCCCGAGAUGAAUUGUUGGAAGCAGGAAUGACAGAUGUAUCUGCGGUGUCAGCAGACCAAAGAGGAAGAUUACUAAUGUCAACCGAAAGAUUGAACAAGUCAAGUGAUAGAGUUAGGGACAGUAGAAGGACCAUGCUGGAGACUGAAGAACUCGGGGUUUCACUUCUCCAAGAUCUUCACCAACAAAGACAGUCUCUCUUGAAUGCCCAUGGAAAUCUUCAUGGAGUUGAUGAGAACAUAAGCAAGAGUAAAAAGAUUAUGACCAACAUUUCAAGAAGGAUGAGUCGAAACAAAUAUAUAAUUGGCUUCAUGGUUGCCAUACUUGUUAUUGCCAUCAUCUUGAUUUUGUACUUCAAGCUAAAGUAGCCGAAAGCUGCGAGUGGUUUGCUAUAUUAUCUCUUUUGCUGGUUUUGUUUUUACUGCAAGUGUGCCGAUUAUUGUGGAUUUAAGAUGCUCGUUUUAUUCUCUAAAUAUUAAUUGCUGUUGUGGUUUUUGGGUUUACAUAUACUGGGAAAAAUAAGUUGUUUUGCAUGUCUUUCUCUCUAUUAUUGUACACCUUUAAACGAAUUGAAUUUAAGUCACUGAUUUAUUGAGUGUAGUAUCUGUUGUAUA